CUAAAGAUGCCCUUCCAAACUGAGUAUCCACGAUAUUCUGUUGAGAGAGAGCGAGAGAGAGAUGGCAGCGAUUCCUGUGAAGUUCCUGCUGGAGAGGCUGGGCACCUUCCUCGUGAAAGAAGCGGAGUUGUUGGGAGGGAUUCGCCAAGAAAUUGAGGAGAUAAGGGAGGAACUGGAAAUCAUCCAAGCGUUUCUGGAAGACGCUGACAGAAAGAGAGAUCGACACAAGGGAAUCAAAACAUGGGUCAACCAAGUAAGACGUGUGGCUUAUGAUAUUGAAGAUGCUAUUGAUGAGUUUUUACUUCGAUUUGGAACGAGACAUGCAGGUCAUGGUGGAAUCGUGAGCUUUCUCGGCACUCUGUCCACUGCCACGACACAAUUACUUCCAAGUCAUGACCUUGCAACCGGUGUACAAGCGAUCAAGAGGAGAAUCUUUCGGAUCGCUGAAAGAAGGCGCAUGUACGACAUACAAAUGCUUCCUGAAGAUACGAGUCCGGAUGCGACCAUUCGGCAAUGGCGAGAUUAUGCAGAAGCAAAUUUCCUCGAGGAAGCAGAAGUCGUGGGAAUUGAAAAGGAUGUAAAGCUCUUGGUCAAUCAGCUUGUGGGAGGAGUGACAGGUAACAAUAAAAAAGCUUACAUUUCAGUAGUUGGGAUGGGUGGGUUAGGAAAGACUACACUUGCAAGAAAGGUUUAUAACGAACCAAAAGUGAAGGACCAUUUCAAUUGCUCUGCAUGGGUUUCAGUUUCCCGAUCUUUUAAUACCAAAACUCUACUAAAGUUCAUGCUAAUAGAAUUUGAAGAAAUAAGGGAACCGCCUUCCUCAAAGGAAGCAGAGGACAACUGGCGUCUUUUCAGACAGAAGAUAGAGCAAAUGGAUGAGGUUGAUCUGGUAAGAGAAAUUCACAGCUACCUUGAAGGAAAAAAAUUUAUACUAGUGUUGGAUGACGUGUGGGAUAAGAGAGUUUGCAUCGAUAUCAAUUCAGCAUUGCCAGAGAAUAACAAUGGAAGCGCAAUUAUGAUCACAACUCGUAUAGAGGGUGUCAUUUCUGAAUUAGAAACAAUUAGAAGCCUAAACUUCAUCCGUUGUGAACUGAAAACUUUUCCUGAUGAUAUAGCAAUGUCAUUACUUUGCCAAAAGGCAUUUCCAGGAAGUACUGCUAUUAUGCCUCCGGCAUUUCAGGAAGUGGGUAAGAGUAUGCUGCAAAAGUGUGGAGGCCUCCCACUUGCAAUCGCAACAUUGGGAGGUAUACUGUGUAAGAAGAGGACUGUGUCAGAGUGGGAGAAGGUGAAUCAAGACUUAAGCUGGCAGUUGGGUAAUUAUGAAUGCUCAACUUCGAGGGGUAGCAUAACAAACAUUCUAAAGAUGAGCUAUGAUGAGCUGCCCUUGUAUCUUAAACCAUGCUUCCUUUAUUGUGGUUUAUUUCCUGAGGAUCAUUUGAUCAAAAGAAACAAAUUGAUCAGGCUUUGGAUUGCAGAAGGAUUCAUAGAAGAAAGAAAAGGCACGACAGUCGAGGAGGUAGGAGAGGACUACAUGCUACAAUUAAUCGACAAGAGCAUGCUUCAAAUCGCAGAGACUAGCAUGGAUGGUCGAGUGAAAUCGUGCAGGAUUCAUGAUCUUAUGCGUGAUCUUGCCAUUUCCAUAUCACACGAAGAGGAGUUCUCAUUUAUACUUGAUGUGCAGGAAAGGAGAGCGAACGUCGUCAGCCCCCGUCGGAUGUCAGUCAUUAGAGAGAAUAAGGGUAUUGGAGAUGAUGAGGAGAACGUAAUAUCAGGCGCUGUUGGCAAUACUCAACUCCUCCGUUCUCUUCUUUUUUUUCAUCUGGAUUACAUCAGGACACCUGACCUGGCUUCAUAUUCAGGCCAAUUUAUGUUACUGAGGGUCUUGGAUUUAGACGGUGUUAAAAUAGAGAAAUUGCCGAAGCAGAUAGGACGGCUACUCCAUUUGAGGUACCUUUGCUUAAGGUUAAAUUUCAGUCUAAAAGAACUUCCCAGAUCAAUCGGGAGUCUUCAAAAUUUAGAAACUUUAGAUAUCAGAGAUGGUGGCAUUCAUAUUCUGCCGAAAGAGAUCAUUAGGCUGAGAAACUUGCGCCAUUUAUGCAUGGGUUUAGGGUAUGCCCAAAUGCCAAAGGGCGUCGGCAAUUUAAGAUGCCUACAAACAUUAACUGGUUUCGAUGGUUCAAGAAAAGGAAUUGCCGCAGAGAUUAGACAAUUGAAGGAGUUGAGGAGGUUGGAAAUACGGCGUGUCAAGGAAGAAGAUGCCGAAGAGAUUUACGGAUCCAUCAGCAGCAUGAGGCACCUCUUUAGGCUGCGCAUUGAGCACGAUGAUGAUCACGAUGAUGAUUACGGUGAUGCUGAUUUCCCAUUUGGGAAAAGGUUGCUCGAAAGUCCGCCACCUCGCCUGCGAGUCCUCGAGUUGCGCCAAUUGUGGGAGUUGCCUGAUACCCUUGGUUCCUUCAACAACCUUAGCAAAUUGACCUUAACAGAUGGGCCCUUCAGGGAAGACCCUUUUCCGCGCCUGGAAUCACUUCCUUGUCUAUCAGACCUUCGGCUUUAUCGUUUAUACAACGUUGAGCGGUUAGAAUGUGGUCCUUUGGGGUUUCCUAGGCUUCGAAGGCUCCAGCUCUUCGGUCUAAUAAAACUUAGAACUGUGACAUUCGUGGAAGGCAGCAUGCCGAGUCUGAAGCAGCUAAGGAUACACGAUUGUGGUCAAGUGGAACCUCAAGGCAUCCAACACCUCAAACUCGAACAGCUUUCAAUUAAAUAGAAGAAGAAUUUGUGCACCGCGCAUAUAAUCAAUCAGAUUCGGGGACCAUGUGGAUUCUUCUUAAUCUAUUCACUGUUUAUUUGCGCCCAAUUAAAUAGAAGAAGAUCUUUCAAUUAGAAGCUGUGAACGACACAAAUCAGAGGCAUGGCGAAUUUUGGUUUAGGAAUUGUAAUCUAUUUCCUGACUGGCAAUGGUUGAGUUCAUUUUGAAUUCACUGUGUGGGAGAUGCAUCUGGACAAAGAAUGCCCGUCCAUGCACAUUUCCAUGCGGAAGUUUGAUUUUAAAUAUAGUUGAUGUCCAAGAUCUCAUGAUUCUUGUGCUAUUUAAACGGGUUAUGACUCUUUUCUCCAAUGUCCGUGUAUCUAUUUUUAGGUAAUCAACUUCUUACAGGAUAAUUCUUAAUUUAUGAUUAGUUCUGUUUUUUCUUUUCUUUCUUG